AUGUUAUUGACAUUUACUUUCGCGUUGUUGCCAUCUACUCUCGCGUUGUUGCCAUCUACUCUCGCGUUGUUGCCCGCUGCCUCCCCUAUACCACCAGCACCGUCAACGGCAACCGCAACGUCAACCUUGCCGGGCAACCAUCAUGAUGCCGCUUUGAAGCCUCGUCAAACAGAUUGGCCAGCAGCCUUCUGGCCCGAGGAUUAUCCUCCUGAUCGUUGGCCAGGGCAAGACUUUGGACUAGGCUGGGGCGCAGUAUCCAGGCCUUGCCAUGCUGAACAAUUUUACUCCUGCGCCGGCCCCUACAUGCGCGGGGAUGAUGGCUGCCGAAAUGCUCCCGCUGCUUCCAACGGGAGAGUGACGGUGGGCUGGAGUUGCUUUUGCGAGCAUGCGAAGGAAUUCUUCAAGUGCAUGUCUCACGCCGAGAACGACGACCCCGAGUGUUGGGACGACGGAUAUAUCGGCGACACGGACGGGGGUCACACCACGUACUAUGCCGGCUUUCAAGGCUGCAACGACGACCGGCCUCAGUGUUGCCCGUGGCCAAUUUCUGCGAACUCUGCACAAAACGCACCUCCUGUCACCGCCAACAUUGAGAUAGAGCCUGAGUUAGAGAUAGAACACAAACACGGCAACGACUAUCCUCAACCGGCUCAUGGUCACAAGACAAAGUUAGAACACUGUCCCGAUGACUACUAUUCCAUUUCUAAUGGUUGCUGCCCUGUGUACGUACUCCUCAUCCGUUGGUCCUUUUCUCUCCGAGUUCCUAACAUGAUGAACAGGGGAUACUAUUUCUUCACGUCCGCCAUUGGUGGCGAAAUACCUUGCUGGAGCCCUCUCAGUAGCACAGCCAGCGUUCCACCCCUGACCCGAGCCGCGGCUGCAGAUGACCCGAUUAACACUGAUGGCAGCAAUAUCACUGGUGGUGUUCCUCUAACUAAUGUUGAGGCUGACGCAGCACCUACGUCAGCCAUUAACAACAUGGUCUUCUCUCGUCACUACGCCGUCGAAAGCGCCAAAUCCCUUUCCGUCGGCGCUUACGUUGGAAUUGCCGUGGGCGUCAGCAUAGCAGUCAGCGCGGCCAUCUCAUUCAUCGUGUAUCUCUGGCUUCGGAAGAGAGGGCAGAAGAAGGCGAAUGCGAAAAGAGCUAGGCAGCAAGCUUCCAACAACGAUUACCCCGGUAUCUGGGAUGGCCCCCACGGCUCAGAUGAACCAUUGUUCGAAGGGCGAGAACUCGACACGUUCAAAGCAUCAACAAUGGACCGCAUGGCUGCCGCCAGAACCCGAAACAGCCCAUUCGAUGCUUCCCAACAAGCCCGGAACUUCCAGCCGUCCUCCGGCUUCCAUAAUGUUGGCACAUACGGGCACAACAGCGGCAUGGACAAUGGUUUUAGUCCUAGUUUCCCCCAGUCGGUGCAUAUUCCGCCCCGCGUAAGCUCCAGGUCGGCCGCGGCUGCCGAAUAUUCGUCCCCGCCGCCCAUCUCAUCUACUAAGACGAGAAUUUCCCCCAUCAACAAUGACGGAAAUCCCUGGGCUGGUGCCGUUGACUAUAAAGGUGUUGCCUCCAAGGAGGGGCUUGACUCUAAAGGUGAAAGGAUCAGAAGCGGGAAGGAAGAUGAGGCUUUGCAAAAUGCGGGUGGUGCGUCGGGUUCAGCAGCGAGUUCCUCUUCUCAUAAUGGAUACCGGCAGCAAGGGCGAUCGCACCCGGCUGAAAUUGCAGGACAUACGGUUGUUGGACGUAAUGGACACGAGAGUAGUGAUGGGCUUGAUGAGGUUGAGGGGCAUCAUGAGCCGCCUCCUGAGUAUAGAGAGUAG